CGGAGGACAUUGGGUUCGUCUGUGACUGGGAACUCUGGUUCGACGCAGGAAUGUGGAUGUAAGAAAAAAUCUCGUGCAAAGCGUCUUUGCUGGGGAGGAUGUGAUGAGCGAAAUGCUCCCAAGCCCCUUUCUCCACACCGGCAUAAAACACAGAAGGAAGAUUUGCGCUGUUGUUUCUGAUUCAUGUUUGGGAUCCAGGAAAGCAUCCAGCGGAGCGGGAGCAGCAUGAAGGAGGAGCCCCUCGGCGCGGGGAUGAACGCGGUGCGGACGUGGAUGCAGGGAGCGGGCGUCCUGGACGCCAGCACGGCCGCGCAGAGCGGAGUGGGUCUGGCCCGGGCUCACUUCGAGAAGCAGCCUCCUUCCAACCUGAGGAAGUCCAACUUUUUCCACUUCGUCCUGGCUCUGUAUGACCGGCAGGGGCAGCCCGUGGAGAUCGAGCGCACCGCCUUCGUGGGCUUCGUGGAGAAGGAGAAGGAAGCUAACAGCGAAAAGACCAACAACGGGAUCCACUACCGCCUGCAGCUGCUCUACAGCAAUGGGAUCAGGACGGAACAGGAUUUCUACGUUCGCCUCAUCGACUCCAUGACCAAGCAGGCGAUAGUAUAUGAAGGCCAAGACAAGAACCCCGAAAUGUGCCGAGUUCUGCUCACGCAUGAAAUAAUGUGCAGCCGCUGUUGUGACAAGAAAAGCUGUGGCAACAGAAAUGAGACUCCAUCAGAUCCAGUGAUAAUUGACAGGUUCUUCUUGAAAUUUUUUCUCAAAUGUAACCAAAAUUGUCUAAAAAAUGCAGGAAACCCUCGAGACAUGCGUCGAUUUCAGGUUGUGGUGUCUACAACAGUCAAUGUUGAUGGCCAUGUGUUGGCAGUGUCGGACAAUAUGUUUGUGCACAACAAUUCCAAGCACGGGCGGAGAGCUCGAAGACUCGAUCCUUCGGAAGGUACGCCUUCUUAUCUGGAACAUGCAGCUACACCAUGUAUCAAAGCCAUCAGUCCAAGUGAAGGAUGGACUACAGGAGGUGCCACUGUCAUCAUCAUAGGAGACAAUUUCUUUGAUGGGUUACAGGUCAUCUUCGGCACCAUGCUGGUUUGGAGUGAGCUGAUUACUCCUCAUGCCAUCCGCGUACAGACACCUCCCCGACAUAUCCCAGGGGUUGUAGAAGUCACAUUGUCCUACAAGUCUAAGCAGUUUUGCAAGGGAACGCCUGGAAGAUUCAUUUACACAGCUCUGAACGAACCCACCAUUGACUAUGGUUUCCAAAGGUUACAGAAGGUUAUCCCCCGGCACCCUGGUGACCCUGAACGUUUGCCAAAGGAAGUAAUACUUAAGAGGGCUGCUGAUUUAGUAGAAGCACUCUACGGUAUGCCACAUAAUAACCAGGAAAUAAUCCUGAAAAGAGCAGCAGACAUUGCAGAAGCGCUCUACAGUGUCCCUCGCAAUCAUAACCAGCUCCCCGCCCUUGCUAACACGUCAGUCCAUGCAGGAAUGAUGGGAGUGAAUUCCUUUAGUGGUCAGCUAGCUGUCAACGUAUCUGAAGCCUCACAGGCCACCAAUCAGGGUUUUACUCGCAACUCAAGCAGCGUGUCACCUCACGGCUAUGUGCCAAGCACCACCCCUCAGCAGACAAAUUACAACUCUGUCACAACAAGCAUGAAUGGCUAUGGGAAUGCUGGAAUGUCAAAUUUAGGUGGUUCUCCAACCUUCCUGAAUGGAUCUGCUGCCAAUUCUCCCUAUGCCAUUGUGCCAUCAAGUCCAACAAUGGCCUCCUCCACUAGCCUCCCGUCCAACUGUAGCAGUUCGUCUGGCAUUUUCUCCUUCUCACCAGCCAACAUGGUCUCAGCAGUGAAACAGAAGAGUGCUUUUGCGCCUGUUGUGAGACCGCAAACUUCUCCUCCUCCCACUUGCACCAGCACCAACGGCAAUAGCCUGCAAGACCAGUCUUUUGUGGACUCUAGCAAGUACUCCACUGCAGGGUCUCUCCAGGGGCUGGCCUUCUCCUGAAGUACGUCACUCAAUCUUCCCUUCCUUUUUUUCCUUUGUCAUAGUACACUUGUGCAGAGAUCCUACUGGGAGCAAAUAGACCGUUACAGAGCUUGGCACCAACCUCUGCCUUUCAUACAUAGAAGACACAUUACAAACUAACAGCAGCAUUUUCCAGUUUAACUCAUAUCAGGGAGUAUAUUAGUUAGCACUGAUGAAUGCACAUCUGUGCCAAUUAAUUCCACAAAUGUGCAGGGCCUUUUUGAAUGUUGGUAGGACGGGGCUGUUCCUUUUCUGCACCCUCUCAUUAUGAAGUAUUCCAGCAUCAGCGCCUAAAUCCCUUUAGAAGCGUUGAGACAAGCUGAGGGGUGGCAGACAAAAGGUUGUCAAAAUGAGGAUGCUCAAAGACCAGCACCGCCCGUUUCAGUGUUAGGUUCAGCCUAUUUUACAACACUGUGCCUAAAUCUUUCUGUAUAAUUACCUCACUCUGCAUUAGUGUGCCGAGAGAGAUGUUUUCAUGCUCACUUAAACUGAGGAGUUUUCUUAACCAGCUGCCUCCAGCUGUGCCAGAGGUGGAAAAGAUUUUGUGGUAUGCAUUGUGCUUCCCCCAGACUUGAAGUCUAUUUUCCUUUCCAUGUGCUUGUGCAUACUACCAAAGAGCACUGAGCAGGGGACAAAAUCUUUCAUUUUAAAGCUGUGUUUGGAAGGAGGUGCACAGAGACGAUGGCUCCACAGACUCCACAUGUCACCUUACAGCCUCUGAAAAGAGAGACGCUGGGCUUGCAAGCAUAGUGCUGAUAGUGCUGUUACAGCCAGAAAAUCUAUAUGCAGGCAGAGCGGAAGGAGUUCAUUCAUAAAAGCUGAGAUCCAUUGUGACUGAAGGGAAGCACUAUCCUCGGUGCAUUUUACACUGGUGAUUUGGGAGGAUGAGUCCUUGCAGAUUUAUGCAUGCACAUACAGAAACUGUGAAAAUAAUAGGAAUGUAGAAGCAGUUCUUGGGUGCCUUCGGUAAGCACUGCUGUAAAUACUGACUGCAUCAAGAAUAAAACACAGCAGAGUUUUCAGAUGAGCUGUAUUGCUUCGAGUAUAAUUUUUCCUAUGUUUUAAAAAUUUGGUGAUGCUGACAUGCUACAAAUGUUAAAGGCAGCAGCUGAGAGUGUUUUGCUUGAAUUAAAAAAAAAUUUAAAAGGAAGUAAGAGCUGACUGCCAGAACACACUGAUGUUUUCGUCAUCUCUUCACCUUGUCCCAGUGUGCUGUGAGGUUGGAGAGAAAAAGCGAGUAACCAGAGAAGAUUUUUCUCUUGUUUUUCCUUUCACGGGACACAGAAUUCCCAGAUUCUGCCUACUGGGUUAUGGAAAGCAAUUAUGGAACAAGCUGAGUGCCGGAUGCAACUGGGGCUUGCUGAUUGCCUCCUCAUUAUGUCACAUCCAGAUCUGUAAUGCCCAGAAACCACACAGAUCUGAGUGUUUCCCCUAAUUUUUAGUUAGCAAUUCAGUUUUCAUAAUAGGAAUGAGCCACCAAAAGAUGGCUCGCUUUAGGGUCAUCACUGAACUUCUUGGUGAGUUAAAGAUGCACAGCCUUUAGCCCCAUGCCUUCCGACACCACCCGAGGCUUGUAAUAAUCACUCAGAAAUGCACUGCCUGUUGUGCCUUAUUGCUUAAAUAAACAACCUUGUAUAAGGAGGCUGUCUUAUCUCUCUUGGGCUUCUGGAUACAUCAGAAAGCAAUCAAGCUUUCCGUAUGUAGCUUAGAUAUCAGUAGAACUCACUAAAACAACUGCUAGGCUUAUCUGUUGUUCUCUUUGCCAUGCAAUUUUAUAAGACUCAAAAUACAUUAUUUCUGUAAAUUGCUAGUGGCAAAUGCAAAUUAGUAUAUGAUAAAAGAAAUAAUGCCCAUUGGUGGGAGUUUUUCUAUUCUUUGCCCUCUCUUUUUGGAGGUGUUGUGAUCUCGUACCUACACUGUUUCCCGCUGCUAUCUCUGUUUUCGGGAUCAAUGACAUGCUAAAGCUGAGAGAAUUUGCAUGACUAGAUGUAGCACUUAUGGAAUAAAAGUAAAGUGAUAUAAAUGAAGACUUGGAAAGAAUGGAAAUAUCAAGGCUUUUAGGUAGAAAAGAGAUCAUUUUGUCAUUUGCCUUGUAAUUUAAUUCAGAAUUUCAGGGCUCUUCAAAGGCAAUAAUGCUCUGAAAAAAUGAACAAAGAUCUGCAUCUGUGCAGUUUUCUUCUAAUGGCAAAAGGUGCAUGGCUGAUAAGUAACUGUGGGGAAACAAAUCAUGAAGGGAGGAGUUACAGUUAUGUCACCUUAAUCUAGGAGCUUACACAGUGAUGACAGCCACACUGUCCCAAGAGAAAAGCAAUUCUUGACCACUUUUUGGUAAAAUUGAUUUGGUUUUAAUGAAUCUUUUAGCUUUAGAUUUUUCUAAUUUAGGAAUUACAUUUUGACACUAUCUGUAGUAUAUGUAAUUUUUCUAAGACAAAACAAUGUUUUAAAUUUAGACAUUAGAGGUAUGAAAAGGACAAAAUGCUGAAGUCGGGAAUUAAUUAGCCAUCUGACUCAGUUCAGUUGCACUCAUCACCUACAGGAAGAAUCAACUUAUUCCCAUCUGCUUAACUCAUAGUUUAUCUGAGCAAUAAAGGAGGGAGCACUGCUCUCAGCGUUGCUCUCUGUGCUGUGAUAUACAUCUCUGGUGUCUAAGCACUGCAGCUUCCCACAUUCAAAAAUCUUUGAGUGCUUUACUAGUGGGGAUAAAAGUUAUUCCCAGGUUAGAAAGAGAAGCAAAUCAAAAUACUUGAUUUAAUAUAAUGAGCUAGAAGGAGAAUUAGUACCAAAGUCGGAGUCUCAGGUCCAUGCAUACUUCAGUGUUUCAUAUAUUCAUAUAAGAAAUACCUUGAGCUGUGAGUGAUUGCCUCACAUGUCUGCCACAAGCAGAAUUACAGUCUGGUUGACUGUACCCAUCAUGGCAUUUUAUGGAUGCCGUGGAUGCCCAUGGAUCAGGGUUCAUACCCCAGCCCACAAAUGUAAUGAUCCCAAGAGCAGAGUAGGGAGCAACUGAGUAUCACAACAAUGAGGGCAUUGCUUGACUUGGUUUUGCUUCAUUUUCAGUCACCUGUACCAAGAGUAAAGCCCACUUGUGGGCACUCAGGACUGACUAUUUGAGAUACUCUUGAAAUAAAACCCUUUGGCGAGGAAGGUUUAAACUAAACUAAACAAAAGUACUAUCAAGUUCAUCCUAUGAUGUACGAUGAAGGAGACAGGAUAGCUGUGGAGAUAACAUGAAAAUGCAUCCUCAGAUUAUCUUCUGGUAGAAUCAAAAAAAGCCCAUGUCAGGAAAUGCCUCAGCAAGGAAUAUUUAAGACAUAACACUGUCCUCUGUACUAAUUACUUGAGUGUCUUCUUGUAGGGCAUAAGCAAUGUAACUCACCUCUCUGUCCCUUUAAUCCUCAUUCCCAGCACCUUGAAGGGCCCUUAUGUGGAGCAAAAACCAUCACCAUAGUUAUUCCAUGUAAUUUGUUGCUGAAUGAUAAAUUCUAGGAAUCAAAAUGCUGCUGUACAGUUGCAAUGUGUCACCUCUGGGGAUGGCCUGCUGCAAACACGGGGAUGUGUUUUGCAUUCUCGCCUUCUCUUCUCAUUUUAUUUCAUUUAAUCAGUGCAGUUUACUCGAGCUGUUCUCCCUUUGCUGAUUAGACUUGUAAUUCUUGCACAUAUGGUGGUGUUUGUGGAGAAAACAUUUCCCUCCUCUCCCCCUCCAACCCCAAAUCUGCGAGUCUUUUACUUUGGCUCUGUUCUUAUCAAAUAAUUGCAGCUGUAAUUAAAGCACAAUGAAUCAGCACCAGUCACAGGGUUGAUUUCUUCCUUAAGAAAUUACAUGUCCAGAUGUCGGAGAUGGCAGGCAGUUCUAGCAUUUAAAUAAUGUGCCCAUGAAGUGCCGCCAACCUGAAGGCAAAUCUGUUUUCUACCUUUCUGCAAAUAACCAUACAACUGGCGUUUUAAGGACGUGUUGUUGUCACAGCUUUCAUCAUAAACUUACAUGACUACCUCCUGUAAUGAUGUGCUUGCUCACAGGACGCUUGCUAUGUCUGAUCCCUCAUAAACAGAGCCCAACCUGGAGGUCAAGCUAGGUGAAAGGCUGUAGCUGUUGACUUUGAAGAAAUGUCUCUAAGAGAGGUGGUAGUUCCAUAGAAACGAAGGUUAGAAAGCAAAAUAAAGGGUGCAAUUCAGCCGACAAUAGAGAGGACAUUCUAAAUUAAAGUUAACGUGCUACUCAGUCAAUGUAGUUGAUGGAAUCUCCUACAAGUGUAAUAAAACCGUGAAACCAUCACUUAGUUAAGGGCAUAUUUCUACUGCAAAUUUAGAUUUUAGAGUUUAAGUCCCCUUCUGAGCACCUGGAAAUGCAUGCAGGUUGAACACUGAACUUACUAGAGAAAACCAGCAUAGGAAAAUGAACCGCUGUUACUCUGCCUAAUGCAAAAAAUGCACUGUUGGAUUGAUAGCUCCAGUGGCCUAUGGGACUUCAGCCAUUUGCUCAUAUGUGGAGCAAAACAAACAGUGGAAUGUGUGGCAAUGGCUGAGGCAGGUUUAAGCCUGCUGAAUGUUUUGAGAUUUUGAAGCUAAAAUAAAAGAGUAAGUUGGGGCCUGAUUCUCACAUCAGGCAAAGUGCAUUUACUCUGCAAGACAAUCACUAAUUUCAGCAGUCUCUAGCAAUUUACAUUUUCCAGCCAGAUGCGUUGCUAGUAAAUGUUUAAAGGUUGCGUUACAAUGCACAACAGUAACUCUUCUCCCUCUCUUUCUCUCUCUCCUUCUCUCCCCCACCCUCUCCUU